AUGGACCCUUUAUCUCUAUCCAUUGGCCUUGCGGGCAUUCUGCCUCUAAUUGCCAGUGUGAUCACCACUUCAAAAGAGUACAUAGACACUGUGAGGUCGGCGAGGAAGUCAAUCACGACCCUUAUAAUCGAGCUUGAAGCGCUGCAAUCCAACGUGGUAAAUCUGCACGGCCUCCUGAAAGGUGAUUUGUUAAACGAUAGUCCUUUGCGAUUCCACGAGAGUUCGGUUCUCCUGACCUGCUCUGCCUCGUGCGAGGAAACCCUGCGAUCACUCUGCCAAAGGCUGGGCCAAGAACCAAAUGGGAAACUGGGGCGCUUCCUAUGGCCUUUCACCGAGAAGGAGAUCCAGAAGACAGUCCAGGAAUUACGUAACUUUACCAACUGGAUGCAUUUUGCUUUGUCGGUCGAUGGCUGCCGGCUACUAUCGCAGACGUCGGACGACGUUUUGAAGCUGAUGGGAGAGCAGCUAGAGCAGUUUAGGACCAUCCAGACACUCGAAGCAGACACGCUUCAGAUCCUCGACCUUGUGAAAGACCAGAAGCGCGCGACCCAGGUCAAUAUCGAGCGGGAGACGAGAAAGAGCAUCCUGAACUGGAUAUCGACCUCAAAGCACUAUCAGAAACACCAGCUCAUCCAAGCGUCGAGGACCCAAAAUACAGGGAAAUGGAUACUCCAAAGGGACGAAUUUAUUCAGUGGCGAGACGAUAGCUCUCCGUCAAAUGUUCUUGUGUGUCAUGGCAUUCAAGGCUCAGGCAAAACAACCCUUGCGUAA